AUGGGGAUUGAAGUAAAUCAGAACUGUGAUGAUGGAGCGUUUAUUGUCCGUGACGCAUCAACACAAGGAGAUUACACAUUAACAGUAAGGUAUCAAAAGAAGAACCGACUGAUAAAAAUAAGAGUCGUCAAUGGGUGCUAUGGAUUUUCCGAAGAUGGUAUGAGUUUUGACUCUGUUUUAUCACUCAUAAAUUACUUCAAGAGGAAUUCCCUGGUUGAAUAUAACCGCCUACUGGAUAUUAAGCUGAAGCUCCCUGUUUCGCGUGUUAGAUGUAAACUGUCUCCGUGGGAAGUUGAUGGCGCUAAUGAUCGUAGUUACCUGAUUAUCCAAAUGCGCGGUUUGUGUUUAGAAUUAUGGCGUACAAGGCGUUUCGAUGACAAUUACACAAAAGAUUUGGAAAAUUUAUAUGAGGAGUUACUUCACAAACAGCAAACUUAUGCAGCAUUUGAAACUGUUUUUAAGUUAUUUUACGACCAGUGGCAGUUACUGUCCGAGAAACUUUCAUUGUGUAGUAACGAAGAAGAAGAACAGUUUAUUCAAGCAAAUUUGGAAAGUCAAAAAACUCGAAACUUCAUCAAGUGCCGAUUUCGACUUUUGAGACUAGGAGUUCAUUUUGAUCAAAUAGAUGACCUUAUCGCUGAAAGUAAUGGUCUUUGUAUCACAGAAUCCGAAGAGUUGUCGAAAGUGCUGCUGCAAUUAUCUGUACGGUGGCAGCCUGACCGCUAUAUAUCCUGGGACUCAUCUAAAGCGAAUGCUACAAAGUUAAUACGUGAAGUUAUGGACUGUAAUCCGGAAAAUCCUGACGGGAUUUUUGUUAUAAGACCUAGUCAGUCACAAGAAGGCCAUUUUGCGCUAACUGUUUCGAAGGAUAAUCGCAUAUUACACUGUCUAAUAGAGCAAAGCUUUGUUUUUGUUAUUGCACUAAUUAAGGACUUUAAUUUCGUUAGGGAUACCAAGCAUCCAGAAGCCUGCGGUUUUGGAUUUCAUAACACCGACAUAUUCUUCCCCACAAUAGUAGAUCUCGUCAGGUACUAUACUCAUUAUUCAUUAAAAAAACAUAAUCAGCAACUUGACACGAGGCUUCGAAUACCGGUUUUUAGAGGAACUAUAUAA